GAUCCCCCUUUGGAUUAAAGCAGUUGGUUCACACGACGGAAACAGUCAAAACGCCCCCUAAACCUCUGGCACUGCAGGUGCAGUGCGUUGUUAGCAAUAGCAACACUAUACUUCUAAUAUUAUUGAUUGUGGGAAAUAACCAUGGAAGCUAAAUUAAAGAAAGAGUUGGGGACAGCCAUGCUGAAGUCAACGGGUCACUCGGGAGGUGGCUGUAUCAGCGAGGGUCAGAGUUAUGAUACUGACACUGGGAGAGUGUUUGUGAAGAUAAAUCACAAGAGAGAGGCCAAAUUGAUGUUUGAUGGGGAGAUGGCCAGUUUGGAAGCCAUUUUAAAGACAGACAAUGUUAAAGUCCCCAAGCCUGUGAAGGUGAUUGAGCUGGACACAGGAGGAUGUGUAUUUGUGAUGGAACAUCUGGACAUGAGAGGUCUUACCAAGUACUCAAAGCACUUAGGAGAGCAGCUGGCAGAUCUACAUGUUCACAACAAGAGACAGUUGGAAAAAUGUAAUAAAGAGCAGCAGACAGUGGGAAAAGGAGCUGGACAAUCGGAGAUAGCCGUUGUGGAUAAAUUUGGCUUCAGUGUACCUACAUGCUGUGGAUAUCUACCACAGGAAAAUGAGUGGCAGGAAGACUGGGUGACAUUUUACUCCCAGCAGAGGCUGCAGCAUCAGCUCAACAUGGUGGAGAAAUCUUAUGGAGACCGGCAGGCCAGUGAACUAUGGGCCAAGCUACAGCUGAAGAUCCCGCAGUUCUUCACAGAUGUGGAGAUUGUCCCCGCUCUCCUCCAUGGAGACUUAUGGGGAGGCAACGUGGCACAGUGUGCAGAAGGCCCAGUCAUCUUCGACCCAGCCUCCUUUUAUGGCCAUUCAGAAUAUGAGUUGGGUAUUGCAGGGAUGUUUGGUGGCUUCAACAGCUCUUUUUACUCUGCUUACCAUGAAAGGAUUCCUAAAGCACCAGGCUUUGCAAAGAGAAACCAGCUUUACCAACUCUUCCACUAUCUGAAUCACUGGAACCACUUUGGUGGGGGCUACAGGGGCUCUUCAAUAAGUAUUAUGAAGGACCUUCUUAAAUAAUUGCACUCACGUUUGUAGAAAGCUUCACAGUCUUAAACUCCAACAAAGUAUUAUGUAUAUAUGAAUAGAUGCUAAAUUGACAAAACAUUGUUUUUAUUUAAAAACAUUUUAUACAAGUAGAAGAGCAUUAUGCGUUACGGGUAUUCUUUUUUAGGCUCGUUUGUGAGUUAGAAGAACAAAUACCAAGACGUUUUAAGUUGGUCCAAAGCUGAGAAUGCUUCUUUGGUAUGAUGCAAAUCUUUUCUUAAUUUUGUAUUAUAUUCAUUGCCUGCAUUUGAGCAGCAUCCAACUGAAUUGUGCUGCUGUGCAAAGGACACAAGGACUGAUUUUCCCAGUAAAUGCAAUGCUUUAUACUUUAACUACAUCAUAAUAAUAUGACCGUUGAUGUCAUGCACCCUGAAGAAUACAUAGAACUACAACAUGUUGCAGUAUAUAAAGGGAUCCUUGCAAUGUUUAAUAACCACUGCUUAUCCAAGAAUAAAUCAUGUGUUGA